UUUGUCAACAACGCCUCUCUCUCUCUCACUCUCUCAGCUUGAAGAAGAUGUCAAGAAGAGUUUCUGUUUCUUCCAUUAUUGGACAAAGAAGAAGAAGCAUUGCUGAUCAUAGUUGUCAAAAAGGUACAAUAUUUCCCUCUCUAAUUAAUCAUCCCUCCUCAUUCUUAUUUCUUCUGUUUCGUUCUCUCUCUACUUCUACCCGAAACUCUAGUUCUUCUCCUGUUCGAUGCAGUGAUCUCCAAGACGCUGUAAAUUCAUUCAAUCUCAUGAUCCAAAUGCGACCUUUCCCUCCCAUUUCUCAAUGCACGAAAGCUUUACGACCUAUUUUGAAAAUGGGUCAUUACGACAUCGCACUUCGUCUUAUUGGGAAAUUGCAUUUUCUAGGCAUUCUGGUCAAUAUCUACACCUUCAACAUUGCUAUUAACUGUUAUUGCCGCCUGAAUCAAGUCGAUUUUGGGUUCUCUCUUUUGGGUAUCCUCUUCAAACGCGGUUAUACACCCAAUGUAACUACCUUCACAACUCUGAUUAAUGGACUUAUUUUGCAAGAUAAAACUCCUCAAGCUGUGGAGUUAUUUAAGAAAUUAAUGAGAACUAGAGAAAUUGAACCCGACGUGGUUAUGUAUGGAACCAUUGUUAAUGGGCUCUGUAGAACGGGGAACACUAUCAGGGCUGUUAGUUUGCUUAGGAUAAUGGAAGAGGGAAGUUGUAAACCUAACACCAUAGUGUAUAACACGGUCAUUGACAGUCUUUGCAAGGAUAGAAUGGUGGAUGAUGCUAUGAAAUUAUUUUCCAAGAUGAAUGAACAAGGCUUUCAUCGAGAUGUUGUCACUUAUAACUCUUUGAUUCAUGGCCUAUGUAAUUUUGGCCGGUGGAAGGAGGCUACCGGAAUGUUUAGAGAAAUGUUGGAUAGUGGUAUUGCUCCAAAUGUUCAUACGUAUAGUGUGUUGCUGGAUGCAUGUACCAAGGAAGGGAAGAUGAAAGAGGCAGAGGGGGUACUUGAAGUCAUGAUACAAAGAGGUGUGGAUCCUGAUGUAGUCACAUACAAUGCUCUAAUAGAUGGAUAUUGUUUGCAAGGCCAAAUGGAUGAAGCAAUCAGAGUGUUCAAUACCAUGGUGGAUAGGGGCCUUCACCCUGAUGAUUUUAGCUAUACCAUUCUAAUCAAUGGAUAUUGCAAGAAAACGAAAAUAGAUGAGGCCAUGCAUCUUUUUCGAGCGUUGCCUCGAAGGGGGUUGAAACCUAACAAUAGAACUUUCAAUGCUAUGUUAUGGGGUUUGUUUCAAACAGGUAGAUGUGGAGCUGCUCAAAAACUUUUCAAUGAUAUGCAAGCUAUAGGCAUAAAUCCAAAUUCUCAAACUUAUGGUAUCUUGUUGGAUGGGUUGUGCAAAAAUGGGCAUAUUUCUGAAGCAUUGUCAUUAUUCCACAUGAUGGAAAGCAACGGUUUACAUCUUGAUAUUGUUAAGUAUAGUAUCCUCAUUGAUGCAUUCUGCAAGGAUAAAAAGCUUGACAUUGCAAGGGCCAUUUUCAGUAACCUUUCUUCCAAAAGAUUACAACCAAAUGUUAAGACAUACACUAUGACGAUUCGAGGUCUUUGUGAAGAAGGCUUACUGCAUGAAGCUAAAGAGUUGUUUGUUAAAAUGGAACAGAGUGGUUGUUUGCCAAAUGAUGUCACUUACAACAAUAUUAUCCGGGGAUUUAUUGGACAACACAAGUGCUAUGAGGCAUUAAUACUUAUUGAGGAAAUGGUUCAAAGGGGUUUUUCAGUAGAUGCAUCCAAUUCUUCCGUGAUCAUAGAUAUACUCUCGACUAAAGGACAAGAUCCUUCUCUCCGAGAAGUGAUAAAGAAGUUCAUGCCAAAAGAUAGUCAUGGAAUGCAUGAUAUUGAGUAAAUUUCUUAAACUAUGAAGGUAAAGCUUCACACAUUUUAAAUUAUAUAUUAUGAAGCUGUUCAAAAUAAUUCAAUGGCAAGAGCAAAUACUUGUUGAAUUGACAAUUGUUCCUUUUAUUCUAAGCUAUUCAAAAAUUAUAUAUUUUUUUAUAUUACUCUUUUGUUAUUUAUUAGUAUGCUAUAUAUUCUUGUGUUGACUAAAAUGACUAUCAGAAGUUCAUGCAUGGUUUGCUCCAAUUGAAGGUCGUGUACUGGUAGUUGGCUUGAUCAACUUUUGAAAUAUUUCUUAUGCUAGAAAGAAAACAUGCACCAUUUGGUAUAUCUGUGAUUUCAUUGUUGGGAUUAAGUAUGGCUCUUCUCUUACAUUAGGAUGAACAUGUGGAAGGAUUUGACUUUUGAAAACAUUGGUUAAAAUUAAAUGGAUAGAGAAUGAUCAUGUAGACUUUGAUUCAUUUGAAGUAGUUUAUAUAUUUUGGCUCUUAAGUCUAGCACAAUUAUCUAUAUAAUAAAGCACCUAGCUUUUUGAAAAUGUACUACAAUUUUGUCCUAGAUGUCGCUUUGAAUGGUUAGGUUUAACACAAUCUAAUGGUCUAAAAAUGUCCAAUAAACAAAUUGUUUUUUAAUGGUUGAGAUUGUUUGUUUGGCAUACAUCCUACGGUGGAGGAUACAUUUUCUCCUUUUGUUUCUUCUUCCAGCCUAUCCCUUUCUGUUCAACUCUCUCUCAUUUGAAUUUCAAAUUUCAAACACACCUUCUCUUAGUCUCACUCUCUGCUUCUCUCACACUUCCUCCUUCAUUCUCUUUUAUGGUUCAAUAAUCAAAAGGUUUUGGAUUAGACCCAGUUGGUUCAUCGCUUUCAAACCCUCCAAUCUCUUACCCAUUUCACUCUCUCUGAUUGCUGUCAACAACUAACCACGUGUCAACAACCAAUCGAAUCCAUUGAUUCGAACCCCAAAAUUUUCAAUCUGCCAUUGCUAGUCAACCUCCACUAAUCUCAUCACACCUAAAACCCAUCAUUUUUCUUACCAGAGCACCACCUUGCUCUGCCACCAUAGGCCAAAACACACCACCAUAGAUUUCUUACAAUUUUGUAGAAUCCCUUGAUUCUUCGGUUCGUAUAGUGGAGAAGCUGGGUCAAGACAGAGGUCGCAAAUGGAAGUCGAAGUUUGAAUUCAAGGUAUAAAAACGCGUCAUUGUUUGAUGCUUUUAGCUUAGGUCAUAGAGGAGCAACAUCGAUAGAUUAAGGGAUUUUACUCUUUCCUCCCUCUCUCUCUCUCUCAAGGUUAUUGUUCAAGGUAUCACACAAGAGAAUGCAAGGGAGAAAAGAUGCGGUUGGGUGUAGAAUCAUUGCUUUGAAAUGCACAAAACCUCCUGCAUUGGUAAAGUAUGAAUAGGUGUUGUUCAUAUCCUUUCGUAAAUAAUCACAACCACUCAAAAUAGGUGCAACCCAUUGAAGGGUUAUGCUUUUUCCACUGACAAGACAGCCGUUUGGAUUGAUCACAUUUGAACAUACCCGAUCUCUCUUAUGUGAAAUAAUUUCCAAUAAACCAUUUUAAGAGUCCUCCUGUUUUAUUAUAGUUUAAUGGGUGUCUUGUGAAUUCAUUUUAUGUCCAUUUUGCCUUUCACUUUGUCCUUAACAGUGCAUUCAUCUGGAACAAUAGAACACCUGUAUGCUAGUCAAUUUCUAUUAUUUGGAUGCCCCUUGUGCUCAUAAACAUGCAAGCUGUCCAUACAUCUGAAUGAAUGUUAGUUUCUAAGUUCUAUCCCUGGGAGUCUCUUCAUGAUCAGGUCAGAAUAUUAGAGCCUUGACAACCCGCAAGGGUGGCCCAGUGGGUGAGGGAAGAAAACGUGGGGUCUGGGAGUUUGCUCCUCCUGGAGGUCCCAAGUUCGAAUCCCACUCCCCACGGGUUACUGUGCGGGCCACUGGAGGUUUGCCCGGUCGUUAACUUCAGGGCCCUCAGGAUUAGUCCCAUGCUUCGGCUGUGGGGAUACCUGAAUAAUCAAAAAAAA